AAAGGGACUAAAUAUAGCACAGCCAGGGCUGCGGGCUGAAGCCGCUCGAGCAGCCGUCCAUGCUGCUGGGAGGAGGCGGGCAGAGCGCUGCUGGUGCCGGGCACGCCGCGCCCUUGGCCAGCAGCGCUGCAGUGGGCAAAGUGACCGCCUCGCUGCUCAUCAGCAAUGCCAGGACGGCCUGCAACGCGGAGCUGCUCGCGCGAGAGGGGGUCACCUUCUGUGUCAAUGUCACCAGGCAGCAGCCCUUCCCCGGCCUCCAGCAGGCCCGAGGCAUGCGCGUGCCCGUGUUCGACGACCCGGCUGAGGACCUGUACCGCUAUUUCGAGCAGUGCAGCGAUGCCAUAGAAGAAGCUGUCCAGAGCGGCGGGAAGUGCUUGGUGUACUGCAAGAACGGCCGCAGCAGAUCUGCCGCUAUCUGCACCGCGUACCUGAUGAGGCACCGCAACCUCCCGCUCAAAGACGCCUUUGAGGUGGUGAAGGCUGCCAGACCAGUAGCAGAACCCAAUGCAGGGUUUUGGUCUCAGCUACAGAGAUACGAAGAAGAUCUGAAAAUACCAACGCGGUCUGAUCUGCUGGGCAAAGGACUGAGCUCACCUUAAAACACCUCCACACAUUGCUGCUUUUAAGCAGCUCGUUAUAGACGAAGCGGGAAAAAAAAUGACAGCAUAUAUCACCUAUAUAUAAAAUGCCUUACUUGCUACCCUGAGCGGAUGGCUCCUUACAUUCAUUCAGAAGGUGGCUGUUGACGGUGCUCAGGAAAGGAGCAAAUAAUCAGGGAAAAACAGCAGAAACACCCAAUUGUCAGAAGGAGCAUAAAUAAACAGGCAUUUAUAUCCCCUCAGUCAUGCUGAAUAUGACAAGGAUGGAUUGAAUGAACAAACCAGGGAUUUUACUCCUGGUUUCCAUCAGGCUUCCCAGUGAUGUCGCUGGAAGAGCUGAUGCAAGGCCAUGGAAGCUCUGAGUUCUGACACCCCAACUGCUCUGCCUGACUUCUGAACUGUUCUUACUUUCAACUAGACCAAAAACCAACACAGAUUUACACAAAAAGACACAGGACAGAAUAUUCAGGUGAUUAUAAGGAGCUCAGCUCCCACCAUGCAAGCCUAAUGGCUCCUCUGCUUUUGAAAUUAUUCUUUAAUAUACUGAAGGGGUGAUUUUAUGAGAAAGACUUUAUUGCUGAGGAACAAAGAUGAUGGUGGCAACCUAAAAGCCACUGCCACUCCUUUUGGUUUAAUUCAUUACAUUUAUUAAGAUCUGUCAGUGGCCAAACUCAUUCCUUACAGUGUCACCUUACAAGUGAGCAGUAUCUGUAUGCAAACAAAGUGACUGAGCUGCUUCUGCUCCGAGUAUUUGCAGGUUGCCCCAAUGAAUGUGUCUGUUUGGAUAGACAAGGAAGGACAAAGCUAAGGAAGAGGCACGCGGUUUCUCAUUCAGGCUACAGUCAUGCUUUGAUACAAGGUGUUGAAAGCAGAGGCAUACCAAAGUAUUUUGUUCAACUAUAUUAACAAAUUCAUAAUUUAAGGACAAAGAACUGUGAACCUGCAGUGUGAAAUUCCAUUUCACAUCGCUCAAGACAUCAAUACGAAGGAAAAUUAGCUCAUUGUCAGUGUCUUAAGUGCUUACACAAGGUAACAUAUGCUCCCACUAGAGGAGCAGUUUAAGGCAUCAAUUCUAAUGCUGGAACCACGACAGAGAACAAAGCCACUGUAGAAUUACUUGAAUUAGGCAAUUCAGAUGCAACAGAAGCUCCUGAAGUAAAAGACUGCCCAAAAUUAAAAUACAAUUAUUUUAGAAGCUGAAAAAAUAAAAACUGGGGCUAUCUUCUUGUUACCUCAAGGCAUAGCCUGACCAAUUGCU